GGGGAAAGACUCAGCCCCAAGCCCCGCCCACUGCAAUAGGUCUCAUGACAAGACAAGACAAUACGUUACGUGCCAAGAGUUGCCAAGACAACUUCUCCCUCUUCCGAGUCACGUCUUCAGUUCGAGCUCAGACAACGCGCGCGCAAGCUGUGUCUACAACGACAGCGGUCAAAAUGGCUGAAUACGCGAAUGAAGAUCUGCUGUAUACUGCUAAUAUCGGCUACCUUGAAGGCGUGGAAGCAGCUUUAAAAGCAGGUGCAGACAUUGACUACGCCCGGGAAGGCGACGACAUCAAUGUCAGCGGUAGAACAGCUCUGUUCUUCGCUUGCUUCGCGGGACAUGCCGCUGUAGUGAGGCUGCUGAUCCGCAAGGGGGCGUCUUUAACGAAGAGAUCCAGUGAGACAUCAUCUGCUCCCCUUCAUGUCGCAGCUGCCCGAGGACAUACAGAAGUGGUGGAGUUGCUGGUACAACAUGGUGCAACAUUAGACAUCCGGGACGCGUACCAGAAGACCCCACUCAUGAUGGCCUGUAUCUGUUAUAAAGUAGACACGGUUGAACGUCUGAUCGAGCUCGGGGCUCGACCUGACUUGACGGACGUUUAUGGCUUGACAGCCAAGGAGUGCUGCACUGAAGAUGAAUUGAACGAAGACAGAGAAGACUACGACUGUGAACGUAAAGAGAUGAUGAAGAUGCUACAAGAGGCGGUAGAGACCAAGCUGUUGCGAUGCUGCAACCCUACAUGUGGCAAACCGGGCUACAGGUCCACCGGUACCCUGAAGCUGUGUGGCCGGUGUAAGCUGACCCGGUACUGCAGCCGAGACUGUCAGAGACAACACUGGACUGUCGGGCACAAGAAGUGCUGCGGACAUGACGCAUGCAGCGAUGAUGCACCCAACCCCUUCUGGCAAUUGGUCAAGAGGCAAUUGAGAAAGGAACAAAAAUAGUGUUACAACUAGAGAAGUAACAUUGGCAAAGCAAAUGCAUAAUGUUUACCUUUGGACAUGGUCAGCUCUGUUAAUUCACAUACAUGUACUACUAG